GUCCCGUCUCUCCGGUGGGAUGUAUAAAAUAAUAGUAUGCGCUUAAUUUAAAACAAUGGUCUGAAAGAUACCUUACGGUGGUCCAUGGCUAGUAAAACAAAUAAUAGCUUAUAACCAUAUAACCUAUAAUAAUUUGGUAGUUUUUUAGCUAUGGCGUUAAUGUUUUGUAAAGCAAUAUGUGAAACAAUUGCUCCUUUUAGACAAAUCAAAAGGUUUAAAUCAAAAAUAAAUAUUCAGAAACCCAAACCACCACAUUUUGAAAAGGCCAAAUAUUUAGCUCUGGCGAAACCUUGGUUCUUAAGUCAGAAGAAAAAUAAAACUUCGCAAGAAUUAUGCGGAAAUGUUCAAAAACUUGCAAUUAAGAAGGACGAACCAAAUCCAUUUCAAAAUAUAAUUGCAAAGGAAUUGUAUGGUUUGUUUGCAGAGUCUAAGCUAAUAGCAUUUUGUCAUUACAAUCCGAUGACAAGCAAUCAGAAAUUCAAAGCUAAUAUUGCAUUUAAAAAGGAACAAAUGCAUGCCAAACAGUAUGGCAAAAAAACUUUAGAUUUAGCUUUGAGUGGUACUGCAUAUGAAAAAGUUUUGGACUUUUAUGUCUCUCAUAAUAUGAUUAUACUGAGCCCAGAACCUAAUAUUAAAAAAUUGUUAAAAAUUUUGAAAAAAUUUCCACAACUAAUUUUGUUAGCUGGGAUAUAUGAAAACCGCUUAAUUAAUAGAGAUGAAUUAACUUACUACAGCUCCAUACCAAAUAUUCAAGCUGCACAAAGUGGUUUGGUGCAGACAUUGCAACAAGCUGGUUCACAACUCGUCAGCAACUUGAAUCAGCAUCAAAUCUCACUUGUUUCCAAUUUAGAAGAAAGAAUUAAACAACUGAAGGAAAAACCAGGGCAAGACUAGAUAUAAUAGAUAUCCAAUACAAAAUAAAUAUUUUUAUUUCACUUUCAUGACUUUUCUUCUGUGGUACUUGCCUUCAAUGUACAAAAGUUGAAACAUAAAGUGAAAUUUGGUAGACACAAAUAUCUGAUUAAAGGU